UCGUCUACAAAGGCUGUACCGUGACAUCGAACAACUCAAAGCCACAUCAUUAGUGAACGUGUCCAAAAUUUGCGACGGCAAUCACGUAAUGUUGCCGAGAGUCGAAGCGAGCUUUGGAGAGACAUUGUUCGUCGGGGUGUUGCAGAAGGUGCUCCUGGCAGUUUGGAACGUCGACAUCAAGUGGAACGACUUUGGCGUAUGAACAUGCCAUCGUUGCAUAUACACUUAGACCGAAGCGACAAGCAGUCGUGGGUUGACUGGACAACAACACGAAACGAAGGCACCAGCUACUUUGCCAGCGCCAUGCGGUAUGUUGGUGCGUCGCGAACCCACCCCUGCUACAAUGCACUUCGCCAAUUUGCCCCCGAAGGUGCCGCCGACGAUGGAUCGUCGCUGUACGAUGAGGAAUUGAUGACUCAGGCAGCUUCACAGUGGGGUGCAUGGAUGAAACAGUUCCUUCCCGCUGAUCACUUUAGCUCCCAAAACCAAAGAUGCUGUGUCAGCCAUUGGUUAAGCCAGCAGUCCGAAGAGUACGAUUAUACACCAACCAUGGAGGGUCGGCUCAUCUAUGUUCCUGCGACCUGGGCUGCCCGACUACGUUGGCUCGACGGCUCCGAACGCACCUUGCAGCUUAGGUUUCCGAAUUCGACAAAGGCUAUUUACAACCAGCAACCACGAUGCAAUGCCUAUCGUCAAGUGAACUUCGUGGAGCCAUGUUGGCAAACGUGGGAAUAUCGCAGAAUGUUUCAGGAAACAUAUCACCGACCAGUCGAAGAUGACUUGACAGAUUUCUUCGAUGAUGAAAUCUUCCAAGAGUAUGAGCACUCAUGUCCCCGAUCAUGGAAUCACAUUUGAAGUACGAACGUGCGACGAGCUCAUAAACAAUGAAGAACUGCUGUACCUGUAUGACCAUCGUCAUCUUUUGGUGUUGUACCUACCUAGAUCGGAAAGGUAUCCUUCGAUCAACAUCAUAGUAUAUGCAUACCAUUGUAUUGCUCGAUCAGAUCGAGGAUUUCCGCGAU